AUGAAAUUAUAUGUGAGUUUAUUUUAUUUUAUAUUCCUUUUCUUAACAUUUUUUAACAUAAUAAAAGCUCAAGAUAAUAAAAAUAAUGUGGAAGAAACACUUAAAGAGCAAGUUGAAAUGACCGAAGAAGAAAAAGACGAUAUAUAUUCUGAAUUUGUUGAAUAUGAUUUAAAUAAAGAUGGACUAAUUGAUGCUGAAGAAAUUGUUGUUACAUUAAAAAAUAUGAAAAAGGCAGAUUUUAUAAACUUUUUUAAUAAAGUAGACUUGGAUUCUUCUGGAACAAUUUCAAUUGACGAAUAUAUGUUAUUUAUAAACUCCAACUGA